UCUGAUCUCGGAGUUUUGUAAAUGUAUUCUCUCUCUGGCAGGUAUGCUGCAAAAUGGGAAAAAGUUUGACUCCUCUCGAGACAGGAACAAGCCCUUUAAGUUCAAAAUUGGACGGAUGGAGGUCAUCAAGGGCUGGGAGGAAGGAGUAUCACAGAUGAGCCUGGGCCAGAGGGCUAAAAUCACCUGCACACCAGAUAUGGCUUAUGGAGCGACAGGUCACCCUGGGGUCAUCCCUCCAAACGCAACGCUUAUAUUCGAUGUGGAGCUGCUCAAGCUGGAGUGAUACCUGGGGGUUAAAACACUAAGGCUGACGGUUAAUGAGGUCGCAUUCGCCACAACCUGUUUCCACAGGGCGCUGCCUCCCACCAUCCAUCUGCUCUUCUCUGAUUUCUACAGUCUUCUUCAGUUGAAUAUUUAAACGUAUCCACUGCUGCUUUGUUGCCAUUAUGUCAUAAUAGAUACUGCAAGAAAAUUUUCACAUAAUGUAAGACUUUUACAGACACACAACAUUUUAGUUUGUUUGUUAGAGAUGCUUUUUUGUUUCAUUUCAUUUGAAGUUGUAAAUUUUGUUGAACCAAGAGGAAGUCAGUCAUCUGAUGAAAAGCCGUACUACACUGCAAUCAAAAACAUACUGCCUUACAGUUUGAACAACAGAGGAAGGGUACACGUGUUCAAAGUACAAUACUUCUGCUCUGUAUAUUAACUGGGCAUUAUAUACCACUGUCUGCAUUGCCACUUUGAUAAACGUUUGUCCUGCUGAAUGCUCUGAAUGAUGUUGCUAUGUUUAGUAUAUUUUAUAUCCCUCAUAAACAUUAACUGCAAGUGUACCCUAUCCAGUCUAACCCAAUCCAAUGCUGUACAGAACUCUGUAAGAGCCAUUGCUACUGCUAUGACAGUUUAUCGACCAAGUCUUGAAUAAAAAUGGCAUGUACUGUGUUGAGAAA